AUGCUUACUUUCCACCAGCAAGCCUUCCCCUUCUUGCGCCAGUCUAACAUUCCCUUCAACAAUCUGAGUCACCUUCAGUCUGCUGUCGUCAGCACCACGACAUCGACGUCGCUUCAUGCUCUCCCGAAGAAUCCACUAUCCAGAUGGGCAUCGGAUUCCGCCCUUGAGCUUCUUUCGGCGGCAUCUUCCAUACGUGGAGGAGCUGCAGCGACCAAAGUAGCUCUGGAUAUGGCCAAGGAAACUCAACACUUGGCUGUCCUUUCCUCCUAUGGCGUGCUGUCCGUCUUGAUUCUAAAUUCGGCAUUGCGUCUCUACACGAGCACCAAGUUCAAACGCAAUCCUUCCGACAAGAACGACUGGGUGUUGCCAAAUCUAUUUGCUUUUUGCGCCGGAACAUGUGUCAUUACAGGUGCCUUUACUGGUAUCAUGUUUCAGCUGUUGGGAAUCUAUCACAAGUCGGCUUUGAGUAUGGGGAAUCAUGUUGCCUACCUCGCGUUUAAGGAAUCGACGGAAGGUUAUCUACAGCUGGGAUUUCGCACCUUUUUGACUUGCCUUGGCUCCUUCGUUGCGACAUUCUUGAUCAAUUUUAGAAAUAUGACCGACGAAGAUGAACGCUUUGGAAACGGACUCUUCUCCAUGAUGGCAGUCUUCACACUCCUGGGGGGAAUUGUGCUGAGAAAAGUGCUCCAUCUGGCAACGGUUCACAUAUUUGCACCACUAAUCUCCGUUUAG